AUGGCAUCCCCUUCAGUCAACGGUGAACCUUCUGCGUCGGGGGCAGUGAACCCGAGCGAAUUACGGGACUGCAGCCACUCGGCACGGAAAGUCCCCACCACGGUCGAUACGCCCGAUGCCGCAGUUGCACAAGGCACAGUCUUGGCACCUUCUUCGAAACAUUCUACAACAGCGCAGCUGCUGCCGUCUGCAGUAGCUGAUACCGUGGCUAGCGGCAACAGUACAACUGGUAACCUCCCAUUCCCGCAGGCUGCUCGCGGGGCAAGCACACGGUCAUCGCUAAGCCGGCAGGGAGCCAUCAGGCAAACUUCAAUCGUAUCUCGGGUAAGUGGACAGCGGACGAAGUCUGCAAGAUCUGGUGCUGAUCUUGGUGUAGUGGAGCAGCAACGUGAUACAGUAGAAACGCAAGCAGAGACUACCCGCGGAGGCAGAAACUGCGGUGGCAGCUCCCCGAAAUCAGCAUUAUGCAAUGAAGUUUUUCCUUCGGUGAGGGGUCGGGUGGCUAGGAAUGCUGCGCGGUCGGAAGUGGAAACUGGUGCUGGUGCAACGCCUGUGGCUGCAGCUGAAGAUGGCACCUGCGGCAGAGGAUUUCGCCGUGUUGCAGCGGAUGUGGGUGUUGCAGGAGCAGCUUGUGCAGGGACACCGCAAGCUGCGGCAGAUGAGUUGUCUUCUACUGUUUCAGCGAGUCCUGCAGCAUUUCUAGAUUGCCGCGGACCUCGUCGGUCACUCCGCCAAGCUCUUCUAGCGAAUUCGGGGAAGGCACAGGCUCCUGGGCCAGGGGCCACUUCCACUGUAGGUGAGGGCCCUGUUGGUGGGACAGGCGCAGCAGCGGCAACAGGGCCAGGUUCGGGGAACCCAACUGCUGUUUCGUCUGUUACAAGUGGUGCGCUUGCGGGGUCUGGCACUGCUUCUGGAGGAAGGAGGCGCAUGCGACAGCCGCAUCGGCAACUCUUGCAGAGCUAUAUAGUGGGGCAGCAACACCAACAGAUGGGAGCCCAUGCUGAUGAGAGGACAUCGUGCCUUGCAGAGUGGCUGGAUAUACGAGGUGGCAGGCCGUGUUGCUGCUGCAGUGCAAGCUGUGUCUCUUGCUGCGCCAGCUGGAGUGGCAAAGCAAACAUCGCCUGUACUGCUGAGGGGACAUUCGGUAACACAACCCGUGGGAGUGGCGGGGGCGGCGUGCGUAGCGUCCUUGACGCGUAUGCGACUUUAGCAGCAAAUCGAGACAAACAGCAGCGAUAUCACCACCAGCAGCAGCAGUGUUCAGUAGGUUCACGAUUUGCUGCGGGGCAUUCGCACGCGAGGUCCGGGAACGGAGUUCUAGUUUGCCCGUCGUGGUUUGAAUCCUCCAUAGACCUUGACUUGCCCUCUGGAGUAGCUUAUAUCCGCCCCUCUUCGCCUUCUCGAUCUGCAGUGUUUUUCUCUCAGCAGACAGCAUGGGAGGAGGAAGACAUCGCGGAUGCAACGGAAGCAGCGGCAGCAACUGCAGGAACACCGUGGCCGAAAGACAGCACCAGCUGUAGCUUUGGAGGGUACGGGUCAGCUACACGCAACGGAGGGCAGGUCCCCCUUUGCUGCUACUGUGGACUCCCUCUGCGACCUCCAACUCUGAGCAGCUUGAAGGGAGGAGGAGCGGAGUCUGGCUGCCCCUUAGCAGCAGCUGCGGCUGCCGCCUCUGCACUGGGACUGACCGGAUGGACUCAGUGGUGUCGUUGCUGCACUCGAGUUUACGGAGACUUGCGUCUACAACAUCAGCCAAAUGCAACGGGGCUCCCCUUCGAAUCUUUUUCUUUGCCGAGAGCGCCUCUCCGUUACCUGUUAUGUCCUUUAGAUGAAGCGAAGGAUACGCCGGGGGGUGCCGGGGCAGUUGCUGCUGCACUCGCUGCUGCAGCUGUUGCGGAUUCACGCCGAAGCAGGAUGAACGAUGACAACGCUGCCGCCGCGUCUGCGGAGGUAGAGGGUGAUUCGGUUGCUGUCAGUAGUGUUAGCACGCCUAACAGCAGUAGCAAGAGUAGCGGCAUGGGAGGCAUCGCAUCCCAGAGGCGCACACGCAGUGGCCAUCAUUUUGUUAGAACUCCAGCUGCUCGCACUAGCAGUCGCAGUAGCAACAACGCAGCAGAUACCAUGCGACUAAUGGGGGCCUCUUGUUGCUGGCCAAGCAGCGCGUCCAGUGUAAGCUAUGUGCAGCCGCUUGCACGUAUUCAGCAACGGCUGACGCAGCUACAACAGCACCAUGCGGAUCAGGCACAGCACACGCAACAGCAGCAGUACCAAGGCCCAGUUGAAGGAGAUUCUGUCUUAGCCGAGUUGGACCCAGCGCCACUAGACAAGCUGCCUUCUCACUGCAGCACAACUACGGCGAACUCAUCACUAGGAGCAGCAGCGCCAGCAAUGUUUGCACAAUCAUCGCAAGCACAUAUCGUUGCUUCGACCCCUGCAACGAAAGGUUCUUCCGGUGCUUCACAUACUUCUGAGAUGCAGGCGUCUGUUGACCUUGAAGACGCCGAAGCGACGUCGGCGAAGUUGGCUGAGUCAGGAACAUUGCGAGGGCCAGCGAAGGCAGCAUCAUUAGCGGCACCAGCAGCAACACAGAAAAGCGCUCAACGCCUGCCUCCGGCUGCUGCACCUAUUACAGCUGACGUCAGGCCGUCAUGCUACCUCACUGACUCUCAGGCAAGCAAUACCAUAAAGGGGGCAGCAUCUAAGACGGCGUCCUCCACUACAAAGGCCCGCACUGUUGUUAUCCCCCGGGUGUACCUGGAGAGCAACUCAGGCUGUUAUGUAGCGACCGCCUUUGAUUCUGUGGGGCAGCGCCUGGUUCAAAAGCGCUUCUGCUGCACAGUGCUAGGGGAACAACGAGCGCAUGCGCUCGCUUGCCAGUGGCUCAGGUGGGUGAGCAAGGGUGCUUCAACGGCAACGGUGAAGGCGCGGAUUCAAAACACUGCUUCGGGCUUACAAGCGGCCCCCUCUGCUGUUGGUGCCGCACCUCCUUCCUCCCCUCUGCUAGCAGAUGGGCCUGCCACAGUACCUGCAUCAGCAGCAUCACCAGGGCGCAGAGCAGCAACUGGUGGGGUUUGGGGAGUGCGUCGUGGGUCUCAUCGGGUUGACAGUUUUCCCCCGCAUCACGAGCGGCAGCUCAAGCGACGUCGACGCUGCGGGGAGGCUUUAGACGGGAGCGACCGCGACGAAGGGUCACAUCCUAGUCAGCGGUUUUCGGCUGCUGCUGCCCAGGGGCAGCAGACGGAGGAGGUGUAG